GCCGCUGUUAGAAUCCGUGAGAUUUUGUGAAUGCGUCAAAUAGUGACGGUGCGCAGAUCGAUUAUUGUAGCCAUUGUAUAGGCAUCUUUACUGCUUGUUAUAAUAGGAUACAGAUCUUCUCCACGGGUCAAUAUACCAUAAUCAACUGCUUGGUCUGUAUAUCAUAGCUACUUUCGGCUACUAUAUAUUUCCCCGUCUCCGCAGUGCGUCUUCGUGUGAAAGCUGAGCAUGUGACCCGUUCAAGCGCUCAUAUCGCACGGCGGUGAUCAGUGUAAUCUAUGAAACCCCCAGCCUACAUUAAUCCGCCGACGCAGGGCUGCUUGCCCAAGUCCAUCAGCCACAUCUCCCACCACUUCACUCACAUUGCCCGCUGCAAUGAGUGACUUUUCCUUGGAGUCGCCUGGAGACGGCUCUAGUGAGACUCAAAGCAGUCGUGGUGGUGAGCAUAUGUUUGAUUGUUAUCGAGGAACAAAGCUUACUAUACUAGGUGUGAUGAUUCCUACCGACCGCGUUACCAAGACCGCUAUAGGCUUGGACGCAAUCAAUGCAAACCUGAAGAAUGGCCCUAUCGAAGAUACGGCGGAGAAACUGCAAGGCCUCGUCGACUUCUUCAAUCCAACGCACGAUUUAGCAGUGGUUGAAGAUGACCCCGUCUUCGACAACAGAGCCAAUUUUCUGAGAUUACGGCGAAGAUCUCCGCCAAAGCUUCCACCCUCUCUGCACGCAUGCCUCCCUAUGAUGCCCACGCCGAAAAAGAUUGUUACACACUGGGACAGCAUGGAACACCAGCGCUCGAACGAUAAGAAACCUUUCGAAGAUUGCAUUGCGAACAUCGAGGAUACUGUAGAGGUAGCGCGAAAGAUCGUGCCCCGUGUCGCCGCAAAUAUCACCGCUCUCAGCAACACAGCUGAAGACCAUACGGAUAUGUUGCGACGCCUUGGCGCAUUUGUACACGUGCUUCGGACGCCACAUGAUGGCACUACCACAGCGACUAACGAAGACAUCAAGACCAUCGAUAAAACUGCGUCAAGCAUCAGGAAGAUCGCCAAAGAUGACGUUUCCGACGUGAGCCGACAACUUCAAAAGAUAGAGAAGUCCGUCGAAUAUGUCGAUGCCGGCCUGUCGACUAUCGGGAAGAAGGUUGCUGAAAAUGUCGCGGACAGCAUCAAACACAAUAUCGAAAUCGCAGCGACUAUCCAAGCUAUGCACGACCUAGCCGACUCUAUGAGCUCCCAACUGUCUAUCAUCCAGGAGCAAGUUGUUGACGACAAGACCAACGAAGAAAUAGCAGCUGUCUCGACACAGUUGGAACGCUUUGGUUCGACCGCAACCUCAAAGCUGACCAAGAUUGAGGAAGAAGUCGGCAAUGUCGCCUUACAUAUCGCUAAUGUCGCUCAGAACCAGGUUUCAUAUUCUUCCGCUAUGGAUAAGAUGUAGUGACGGUUCUGUGAGACCCAGGAAACAGAGCUGGGUGCUGUCAUGGAGUAUCUCGUAGGGAUUUAGUCUGCUGUGGAUAGUGUGAAGGGGGCUAUGUGUACUUCCUCAGCAGUAUCACCAAUGUAAUAGCGUAUGUAUAAGCGGUAGGAUGCACAAACCAAGAAAGUGACGACCGAAAUGGCCGCACCGGUCAACACGGCUGCAGUUUGCUCCAGCGCGGACAUCAAGCACUUCUAAAAUUUGACUGCCCGCUCUUGUACCAUUGAGAAGAAGACCUCUGGGAUGUAAUCUCUGUCCGAAAAUACAGAAGAUAGUUUCAAGGACUCAGUCUCUACUCGCGCCAACACAGUUGCAAUUCUGGACCAGCUUGGGAAGAUUUCAUCAGAUUGCAGGACUUUCUACCGUCCAGGCCAAGGAUCACAUAUUUAUAAUGGAUACGAU